ACUACAGUGUCGGACUACGGACCAAUCACGAGCAGAUGCUAGAUCUACGCAUGCGCACCAAGCUGAGUCUCGUGGUCCGUCGAGCUGCUGUUGACGCUAUGCUUUGCUGUGGCAGGAAAAAGGGGCGAGAGGCGACUCCGGACUUGGCCACUAGUCCGCGCCGCCAAGCCCAAGGACAGGGAACCAAUGGUAGCACGCGGCCUAAGGAACCACCACCCAUGGUUGUGCAGGGGGAUUUCCGAAAGGUGAGCGGGAUCUCCAACGAGAUAUUUCGGCAGAUCGAGACAGUGGAAAAUGACCAUGACGCAACAACAGCUGCGGCAUUGGAAGCAGUGGAGAGGAGGGGGGAGAUGGUGGUAAGACUGUUAGACCCAAGGCAUCUCGGUCGUGCGGCUGCUGAUGUGGAUAAGCGAUACCUUGCAUUGCAGGACUCUAAGUACGCCGUGCACAUCGUGGAGAUUGUCAAGAGGCCGGGUCAGACGCUGGGUCUAUAUAUUAGAGAAGGCAACGGGAUGGACCGCUCUGAUGGAGUGUUCAUCUCAAGGAUAGCAUUGGAGUCUGCUGUGUACAACAGCGGUUGUCUUAAGGUCGGGGAUGAAAUUCUGGCAGUGAACCUAGUGGAUGUGACACGGAUGAGUCUGGACGACGUUGUGAUCAUCAUGAGCAUACCUCGGCGGCUAGUGCUAGUGACCAGACAGCCCCGUGGAGUGUUGAGUGCGGCGCAGCAACAGAGUCGUACUUUGGAGCCCAAGCCGCCCCCCGUGGUGGUCAUCAAGAAGGAGCUCACCAGGGACGACGAGCCUGAUGACGACGAUGAUGAGAACGGCCUCAGCGACCGACGGUACAACAUAUCACACGGACGCCAUACUGACAGCCUGCGCCGGGACAUGACAGGCAGUCGGCGCACACACCGUGACGAGCGUGACAUGGUGGGAGGGGGGAGAGAGCGCAUGCAGACGUCUCGGUCUCACCUGGCGCUGGGCGUGACGUCACUGAGGUCGUCACAGCAGAGUCUCAACAUGCAAGACAACAGCGAGCUCAACAACUACAUGCUGGGAGGUGGAGACCUGUAUUACAACUCUCGCCCUCAUCAGCCGCAACACACUGCCAUGAGUUUAGAUAGAAGAACAAGCCACGGUAGCAACACAUGGUCUUAUCAACCUCCUCCACCCCCCGUAAUCACAGAACAACCAAAGGCUCAGCAUUUCCAACCGUACGAUAAGGCAUAUCCUAAAACAUUAGAAUCCCUUGCUGAAAAAGUUCAUUCGUUCUACCCCAACUCGAGCACAACCCCGGUGAGACGCAUGUCCGCCACGUCGUCCACCACUCGCCUGUCCUCACUACAGUCACAAUACUACGCUCGGCCCAAUCAGAGAGUGAUCACUAGAUCUGGCAGCGACCAACAUCUGCCUAGAGUGGAGUAUGAUUAUGGUUCCCCCGCCACAACACACAGGCAAGGCACUCACAGUUUGCUGCGGUCUAGUCUCAAGCCAGGGACAAUCAGCAGCUACUACACUGACCGCAGUACACAUGGCAGCUCACACAGCAGUAGGCAACCGAUGAGUGUCAGUGGGACGCUUGGACGUCGUCAGCGGUCGCUGGACUACGCAUCUGACACGGAGGCAACUUGUAGCUCCUACUAUUACUACAGAGACCGGCCUUCUGCUACAGGUAGUCGGAACACUGGAGUGUCAACAUUGUCGCACAUGAGUUCUGCCACACCAAACAGUAUUACCAACCCCGUAGCAACACCACGGGGCAUCAGCCUGAGGUCCAACUCUCUACCAAGGGACAGUAGAGGAUCUAGGAGUCAUCAUCAGAUACCUUCACUAGCUCAACACACUGUCAGUUCCCGGCAGUCCAGUGGAGUCAGGUUUGAGAGGGACUCAAGGUCACUGCUGGACCAAGAUGACAGUGAUGGAGCCUUGUCUGCCCCUGAGUUGCCCAUCGCCAGGAGAAAAGAACGAGCAGACGAGUACCGCGCUUGGUUGUCACGAGCGCCAAGCACCAGUGCCAUCUACGAGAGGAUACGAGCGCGAGACAACAUAACCAGCGCCAGUGUGCUGCGACAGAAGGGCCAGCGAUUCACAUUCAGCGCCGAGAACCUGCCUGAGAGGACCCGACAGUCAGAGCUGCUGUACUCGUCGUACAGGCCGGGUCAGCUGGCAACGAUGGGUCCCAUCACACCUACAGGCACGUCUACACUGGACCGACACACACUGUCCCAGCGCUCGACCUCGCUCAGACGCAUGAGGCACCUGCUGGAACUGGAGGCCAAACACCUCGGAGAGCGCAAGGCUCAAGACGAUCGAGCAAGGGUACUGGAGAUUAAUCCUGCAGAGUUCCUAAAGUACAAGAUGGACAAGCCAGCCGGAGUACUCAACAGUGAGGUGGCUGGUGUCAGUGGACUGUUGUGGAUACAUCUGCUGGCUGGCCGCGGACUUAGGUCCUCUGUCACAUCAUCAUCAGGUGGCAUGAGAGACUUGUACUGUGUGCUGGAGUGUGACAGAGUACACAAGGCCAGGACUGUGGUCAGGACAGGUGAUUUGGUGUUUGACUGGGACGAGACAUUUGAACUGGACUUAGUGUCCAACAGGGAAUUGGAUCUGUUAAUAUACUCAUGGGAUCCACAAUACAGGCACAAAUUAUGUUAUAAGGGCUCGGUACAUUUGGCGACUCUACUGAGAGAUUCACCCAUACACCAGCUGGCACUCAAGAUAGAGCCUCGAGGCACACUGUACCUUCGGCUCAGACACACAGACCCGCAUCACACGUUCCUCAGGAGAAGUAAACAGCUGUUACUGCCCUCACGGUCUGGCGUCUCUAAGUCACUCGUCUCUGGUAUAUUCGGCACCGAGCUAGAGACAGUUGUCAACAGAGAGAACUUGACCGGUGGCGUGCCGGGAGGCGUGGCUACCUCUGUCACCUUGGCAACUGGCACCAACACCUUGGUACCCAUCAUAGUGAGACGUUGUGUGGAGGAGAUUGAGAGGAGAGGACUGGACAUCAUAGGUCUGUACCGGUUAUGUGGGUCAGCCACCAAGAAGAGGAUAUUGAGAGAAGCCUUUGAGAGGAAUGCGAGAACUGUCGACCUAUCUCCUGACAAUGUUCCUGACAUUAAUGUUAUCACAGGGGUACUGAAGGACUAUCUACGAGAGCUACCGGAGCCUUUGUUCACAAAGUGUCUUUACCAAAUGAUGAUCGACGCAUUGUCUGUCUGUCUGCCAGACGACCCUGAAGGCAACGCCAAACUCAUGUUUUCCAUAUUAGACUGCCUUCCUAGGAUUAACAGGGCCACACUUAUUUACCUGAUGGACCAUUUGGCACUGGUAGUGUCACAGUCUGAGCACAACAAGAUGUCUCCUCAGAACCUCGCUGCUUGUUUCGGUCCUGUGUUCAUGCUGCAGAGCGAAGGCCCGGACAAACCUCUCGACUUCAAUCAGCCAAUCAACGCUCUCCGCUACCUCCUCGAAAUCUGGCCUGUCAAGUCAGGCAGUCCGCGAGCUAUUGACCGCGCCUCGCCACUGCCACUGCCGCCCCCUCUGCCAGUCAAACCUCCCGGGUUCUCCCCUCUGAAGGGUGGCGUCGUUCCCACUCCCUCCAAGGGGAUCCGCAAGCCUCCUCCUGCAGUUCCAGCCCGAUGUACGCCAGUCGUCGUAGCUUCCCCGACCAGUGAGUCCUCCCCGGACGAUACUGAGGAGCCAACUAGUGAUGGUUCGGUGAAACGAACCCCCCCUCCAAGGGUGUACCAGCCCCAACACAACGGCCAGAACGGAGUCUCUACCCCUCCCGCCGUACCCAGUCGCAACCACAACCGCCAAAUUUUCUCUAACUCCAAUAAUUUUCCUCACAAUUUAUCGGUUGAGAAGUCACCACAGUCGCCGGGAAUGGGGGGAGCCUACGAUUCAGACAAGUCCUCUCCAAAGGUGAGCCCAGGCUUCGUUAAUGGAAAAAAUAAUUUCCAAGAGGAGAUUCCAGAGGGCUCGACUGCCGAGACAGAAGAGCUUUCUGUGGAGACGCCGAGUUCAUCGACCGGAACCGAAGAAGAUUCUAGGAAAGAAGUCGGGGAAAGAGGGGUAGAAGCAGACGAAGAGGCUAGCGAUGAUGAAGUUGAAAACGACGUCAUGAGUCAGAAGUAAGAAUCGGACGCGGAAAAGAAAUCUUCACUGCCAUACUUAUUUAUCUUAAAAACAUUUUACCUUAUUGAUUUGAAUGUAACGGUUUUUCAAAUUUCUAACUUCAAUAUCUGAACAUAUUGUUUUCUAACCUGUACAUAAUCUGAAUAACCUCUGUUUGUUCUAUAUGUAAAAAUUUAGUGUCGGUUUUGUUAAAAACAAUUUUUUUAAGAAUGAAAUCGGGCACAAAGUUGUGUAUAAAGUGCAGAUCUCAAAGCAAACAGGGGCUCUAGUGUAUAAAGAUUGAAUGAAUAUAGGUAGGUAUUGUGAUAAUUAGAACAAUUUAAGAAUGAUAGCAAUAAAUAGACCACCUGUCGGUGAAAAUUGGGCUACUUACGUUAUACAGUUAUCAUUUGUUGAUAGUAUAUUCACUUUGAAAUAGCUAUACUAUAUAAUGAUAUUAUGUUAGCCUCUCAAAAAUGCAAAUAUACAUGUCUAAUCAAAUAAAUCAACAUAUAAAUUGUGAAAUGAAUUUUCAAAACCUUAACAAAAACCUAAGUGUACAAUAGUUUAUUGUGGUCAAAAAUCCCAACUAUACAAAUUAUACUAUUAAUAACUAUUACAAAUUAUACCUCGAACUAUGUCAAUUACCUUCUAGUGCUUUCGCAAAGUUAAUGAGUCUCGUUAUUGUAUGUAACCAAGUUAUAAAAUAAUCAUACAUGCGCUAUCAAAGACAAUAACUUGUUAAAUUUUCGCUUGCUAAAUCUUUGUGACUGCUUGUGUUUUUGAGAGGUAAAGUAAUUUACUAAUUCAUACAAAUUUUGUCCCACUUUACUUAACAGAUACUUAUGCUAUGACACAUAAGUAUGUUUUUCUUAUUAUUUUACAUUGAAUUCAAGCUAGCAAAAUAUAUCAAGUUGAAGUAUUAUAUACUUCCAUCUGGUAAAAUAAAUGUUACAACAACUUCAAUAAAUAAACAACUUCCACAAUAAUUAAUCAAAAGUUACGGUACUCAUACUUAUUGACAUUUAACUAUAACCAAUUUAUACCCAUUUAAAUUUGAUUAUAUUAUAAAAAUUAUCAGCAAAUCUUUGCUCCCAUAUAAGUAUUUCUCUGAGUUUUUAUUAAAAUACUGAUUAUCAAUAGGCUACUGUAUAAGAAAAUGCCUAUACAAAAUAAUACGUUAUAAAUGAGAUUGCUAUUUUUUGUUUUGACCUCUAGAAUAGGAAUUAAUUUAUUCUCUUAAUUAAGUACUUGUGUGCU